UGAACAAGGUCUUGAUGAACUUAUUAAUGUAAACCCCAAAGCUGUCCAAAGCACCUCUGGAAAUCAAGAUCUUGAUAAGCUCAUCAAAGUGAAUCCCGAAAUUCUCACAAACAACCAAAGAAACCAAGAUCUGGAUAACUUCAUCAAAGUGAAUCCUGUAGUAAUCAGAAACAAUCAGAGCCAAGACCUGGAUCAUCUUAUUAAUGUGAAACCUUCAGCUCUGGAGAACUCUAAUCGAGACCAGGACCAAGAAAAUUUAAUUGAAGAAAAUUCUCAUGUGUCUGAAAAAAAGAAUGGAAGUUCCAAUGCUGAUACCAGGCACACAAGACCAAAGGACACUGUUGUGUACACAAGGACCUACGUGGAAAACAGUAAAUCACCAAAAGAUGGAUAUCAGGAGAAUACUUCUGGAAAAUAUAUACAAACUGUUUAUUCAACUUCAGAUCGGUCAGUCAUCGAAAGAGAUAUGUGUACUUAUUGUCGCAAACCCUUGGGUUUACAAACGAAAAUGAUUUUAGAUGAAUUACAGAUUUGCUGCCAUUCCACUUGCUUUAAGUGUGAAAUAUGCAAACAGCCUUUGGAAAAUCUACAAGCAGGUGACAGUAUUUGGAUUUAUAGACAGACAAUACACUGUGAACCUUGCUACUCCAAGGUCCUGGCAAAAUGGAUUCAGUGAUGAUGGCACAUGGAAAUCAAGAUGAAAAACAUUAAGAAAUUAAAAGUUACGAGUUUUAUUUUGAGAGUAUAUAAUCUAGAAAAGCUUUUACACUGAAGAUUAAUUCUUGUAUAAAAUCAACAAAUCUGCUAUUGCAUAAAUAAUCUAAUUCCCCUCAGUAAGGUCAAAUACAUAAAACAACCACCUUGUAUCUGGUUAGAUUUAGUGAUUUWAAA